AGAUUUUUGGUUUAGGGUUCUUGGGGCAAUGGCGGACGAGGAGCCGGCUCGCGCGCCCGAUUCCAAGGACAGGCAGCAGCAAUCCAAGGCGCUAGACAAGAUUACCGAUCAUGUGGAGGAGAGGCAGCUGGAUUCUACUCGUGUUCAACAGGCUAUGGCUUCGAUUGCGGCGACGUCUGAUGCCGAUAGAGACAUCCAGAGAUUAAGGGAGAAAGAACUCGCAGCUGUGAAGAUAGAUCCAGCGCACAUUGACGUUAUCGCGAAUGAGCUCGAGAUUGAUAGGAAGAUCGCCGAGAGAACGCUGCGAGAGCACAAGGGAGACGCAGUAGCAGCACUUCGAUCGUUCCUCACUUGAUAGACUUAAAAUAUAAAAAAAUACUACCCUAAACGAAGACACUGUUGCCCUUUGGCACAUUUUUCUUUUUUAA